CUCUGCCCUCCCUGGUCCUCUUCACCUUUCACCCAGUCUGCAGCCUGGGUCUUGUCUGCUCUAGGGCUGGUCUGGCUGGCUCACUUCUAGGUCCCACACAGGGGACACCCAGAUACUUGCUGAAUGAUGAAGAGAGCAUGGAAAAUCUCCACUUCCCUUCACAUCUCGACAACUUGUGCGGUUGGGAGGCACUUUGUGAGCUGGACAGGCUCCAGGAGCUCACCAGGCUGAGUGCCUGCGCUGGGGACAGGAGCUGCAUAUGGUCUGAGACCAGGGGAUCAUUUCCAGAGCAGGGUCAAGGCCACUAUGACACUGGCCGAAAGCAUGCUGGGAUAAGAAAUUGAACUAACAGCUGUACCAGGUCAUAAAAUAGGAGAGUCAGCCAAAGAAAAGGGACAGGACAUUCGAGGGAAGGGGAUGGUGUGGCUUUAAACUGCAUGACACCUUGGAGCAACUGGAGGGGUCAGAAGGGAGCCUGCCAGCACCCACAGAUAGGGACAUGUGGUGACUCCAGGUGCAAAAACCCACACCCCCAGCGUCCAGGGUCACCUCAGCACAGGACCCCUGCCCCCUCCUUGGUAAGUCCCCUACAGCACGGUGACAAUGCUGUGAUAACUCGCUCUUAGCCCCAUUUUACAGGCGAAGGCACCCAGUCUGGGAAAGGGCGGGGUGGGGCCUGGAGUAACCACGACACAGUCCUCUCCAGCGGCCUCUACUUAUUCAAGCGGGGCAAGGAGCAUAUGGGGACACCAGCGUCUCUAGGCCUCUCGCGCCCCACAUCUGGCAGGAAGCUCAUGGCCGACCCACAUGAAUGGCACAGCUGGAAUGGCCCGGCCGAGUCGGGGGCACGGCCACACCCCCACCUACUACAGCGUCAGCUCAGGCCGCCCUGAUUCUUAGCACCUCAUCUCCACGGGCCACCCUAAGCGACGAUGGGGACCAAGGCCCCGGGCCCGACUCUACAGGGAGUUGGGGAGGGGGCGACUGGGGCGCAGAGACAGCCAAACGCGGGGCGGGGCGCGCCGGGCGGGGCGGGCCGGGCACCUCCCCGCGCGAGGAAGUCCCGGCCCCGCGCUUUGGGGAAGUGCGGCCGAGGCGCCUGCGCAUUGCACCCUGCGCCCCCUCCCCGACGAUCCGGCCGGACUUCGGAGCGCGCGGGCCCGGCGGCGGCGGCGCGAGCGGCUCGAGAGCGCGGCCGGCUGGUGGGGAGGGACCGAGGCGGGACACCCUGUCCGCCCCCGCCCCGUUGGAUCUGGCAGCCUCUGAGCCCUGCUAGUCGCAGGGGAGGCGCUGCGCCCCCGGCCCCAGCCGAUUGGGGCCCCCGGCGCCGGCCUCCCUCCAGAACGCCGGAGAGUCCCCUGCCGUCUGACUCGAGUCCCGGCUGCUGCAGUGCACGCCCCUUCGGCAGUCAGGGUGGGGUCCAGACCGAACGUGGCCCCUCCCGCCCCCACCUCGCCUUUGGGUCGCUGGUUUGGAUCAGGGCAGGGGCCUCUGUGUGCCCAAGCCCUGGAGGCAAGGGUGCCCUAAGUGUGCGUAAGUCGGCGCUGUCACCUCUGAGCACCACUCCCACACGGAGCCCUGCUCCAGGAGCUGCCUGCCCUCCUGACCACGGAGACCCCAAGAGACCAACAUGGGCCAAACAGGAAUUAAAAGGCCGAGAGCUGAGGAAUGAAAAAAUAAAGUGAAACCAAGUCGUGAGCCUCCUGGCCGAGGAAAGUCCUCGUGGCAGAGUGCAAGGGGGCUCCCCAGGCCCUGUGAGCCCUCACCUGGGCCUAGGUGGGCGCAGACAGGGGCUGUGGUGGGGAGGCGUUCAAAACUGCCUCCAGGACGCUGAUUGGCUACUGUCUCCCGCGGACUCAGGGAUCUGAGGUCGGCCUCUCGGGGGUACUUGGGGGCUGCUCACCCGGCUCGUGCCUUCAGCGCCCCCUCGCGCCUCCAGCGCAGAAGGUGCGGCGCAGACGCUGAGCAGGACCCACCCCUUGUCU